AUGGAUGCUACUAUUUAUGAGAUCAUAUUUGGAGAGCUCGGGGACCUAAAUUGUAGUUUAAUAGAGGCUUUCCAGGACACUUUUUUGGAAAAUGCUUCAUUGCCAUUGCUGAGCACUGAUGGUUUAUAUUGCAAUGCCACAACCGAUGAGAUUGGAACCUGCUGGCCGCGGAGCAGCACUGGCAGGAUUGUAGAAAGACCUUGCCCUGAGUACAUUAAUGGGGUGAAGUACAACACAACGAGGAGUGCUUACAGGGAAUGUAUGGAUAACGGAACAUGGGCGCUGAAGAGUAAUUACUCCAACUGUGAACCCAUUUUGGAGGAGAAGAGAAAAUAUCCGAUGCAUUAUAAAAUAGCGCUGAUCAUCAACUACUUAGGCCAUUGCAUCUCUGUGGGAGCUCUUGUCGUGGCCUUCAUUCUCUUCUUGUGCUUAAGGAGCAUACGAUGUCUUCGAAACAUCAUCCACUGGAACUUAAUCACCACCUUCAUACUGAGGAAUGUUAUGUGGUUUUUGCUUCAGCUGAUUGACCACAAUAUCCAUGAGAGCAAUGAGCCUUGGUGUCGCUUAAUAACGACAAUAUACAACUACUUUGUGGUGACAAACUUUUUCUGGAUGUUUGUUGAAGGAUGCUACCUUCACACAGCCAUUGUAAUGACAUAUUCAACUGAUAAGCUGAGAAAGUGGGUCUUCCUGUUUAUCGGCUGGUGUAUUCCAUGUCCUAUAAUUGUGGCUUGGGCCAUAGGAAAGCUGUAUUAUGAAAAUGAACAAUGCUGGUUUGGUAAAGAACCUGGAAAAUACAUGGACUACAUUUACCAGGGGCCUGUUAUUCUUGUGCUUUUGAUAAACUUUGUUUUCCUCUUCAAUAUAGUUCGAAUUCUUAUGACCAAACUAAGAGCUUCAACCACAUCAGAGACAAUACAGUACAGAAAAGCCGUGAAAGCAACACUAGUCUUGCUACCUCUGCUCGGCAUCACCUACAUGCUCUUCUUUGUGAAUCCGGGGGAGGAUGACAUCUCGCAAAUUGUGUUCAUCUAUUUCAACUCCUUUCUACAGUCUUUUCAGGGGUUCUUUGUGUCAGUGUUUUACUGCUUCCUAAACGGAGAGGUUCGCUCAGCAGUAAGAAAACGGUGGCACCGCUGGCAGGACAACCACGCUCUUCGAGUGCGAGUGGCACGAGCCAUGUCUAUCCCGACCUCUCCGACCAGGAUCAGCUUCCACAGCAUCAAACAGACCACAGCCGUGUGACCACAGAAACACGCAAUCUCCAGACUGAUUCCUCCAGCAAGGUACCAUUUGUGACGUAGAGGGGCUGGGUUUUUCUAAACAACGGAAUGGUUCGAUCGUCACAUCACAGCAGCUUAAUUUGAAAGAAAGAAGCUUUUUGUGGAUGAAGAAAACAGAAAACAGCACAGAGUAAAAUAAAUAAAAAAUGAGUCAUAACUCUCUGAAGUGAAAAGAGACUGAAAACAAUUUAACGUAGAGUCAUCAACUGCUUUUUUUUUUCUUUUUUUUUUAAAACUAAAACACAAUCUCAACACAUGAUAUGUUUUGGUUAAUGUGAGAUGUGGCUAUUUUAUACAAACAAGCCAUUUUAAGAAGCUUUUAUAAUGUGUCUUUUUUUAAAUCCCUUUUCUUCUCUUUCUUUUUUACAUCUUUCUUACUGUUGUAAACAUUGGUAAAUACUUCUUUUUCCUCUUUGUUCUGAGGAUUUGAUUUCACAACUAUUUUUAUUUCCUUUUGUUAGACUUGGUCUUAUUUUUUUGUUGCUUUUUUUUUUACUGUGCAAGGAAGGUGUCAACAUAAAGAGCAAUUUAACGUGUUGUGUGUUUGAACUCCCCGAGAGCGAUAAAUGAGCGUUCCCAACUUAGAGUUCUCUUGCAGACGAGGAAAGAUAUGAUUAUAUAUACAUUAUUUUAUGGAGCCAAGUGAUUCUCAUUUAUGUAAUCUGUUAAGUGCUGUGCAUGGAUUUGUCAUGCAGGCACAGUGGAAGCAGAUUAAAUUCUUUUGGCUUUAUGAAAUCCUUGUGGCUUCCUUAUAAUCAGUGUCACAUACUAAGCUUCUGGGUCAAAGGAAGAGGAGCUUGACAAUAUGAGGAGGACCGAUCCUUUUCCUAAACCCUUGCUCUGGUGAGAUCAACCUUCUGCUUGCCUGUAACC